CUGACCAUUUUAGGCAGUACGAUAGGAACCUGCCCAGCCUUACCAGCUCCUUUAUCUGGCACCGUCACCUAUACUCCAAGCGGGAGCUUUGGCACUUAUCCAUCCGGGACCACCGCCUUACUUACCUGCAACCUUGGUUAUACGGUCUCUGGUACAUCAGCCAGUACCUGCUCUAAUGGUGUGUGGAUCCCAGCGACUCUGGGGACAUGCAUACAAGGUUUGGGAGGUCUUGGAACGAAUAGCGUACUCGAAUGUCCAAACCCAAGCGUUAUCAAUGGACAAGUCACUUAUUCGGGAGGAACAGGAAAUAUGUUUGAUUUUGACAAACCAUCGGGCACUGUCGCGACGCUGUUGUGCAACCCCGGCUUUACUCCAUCAGGUGCGACGACUGCCACAUGCCAAGGUGGCACCUGGAUCCCAACUUUGGGCAUGUGUAUGGCCUCCUCGGGUGGCUUGCUUCCAGGUAUCUCUAUGGAUUAUAAUUGUUGCUAA